GCCACGCCGAGGGGGGCGCACGCCCGGACCCCCGGCCCAGAGAGCACGGGCGGCCCCCAGGAGCGAAGCGCCUAGGGCCCUGCCGGGGCGCUUUGUCUAGGUCGCUAGCCGCUCGGAUCGCUAGGAAACCUCCCCGAUGCUGAGAAGGUGAGCGCUCUGCAGCUCCGCGUAGCCCGAGCAGCCCCGGUCCGGCCCGGCCCGGCCCGGCCCCGGCCCCAGCCGCCGCCUCAGGAUGGACGGCUUCUAUGACCAGCAAGUGCCUUACUUGGUCAGCAACAGUCAGCGUGGGAGAAGCUGUAAUGAAAAACCAGCAAAUGUCAGGAAAAGAAAAUUCAUUAACAGAGACUUGGCUCAUGACUCAGAAGAACUCUUUCAAGAUCUGAGCCAAUUACAGGAAACAUGGCUUGCAGAAGCUCAGGUGCCUGACAAUGAUGAGCAGUUUGUCCCAGACUAUCAGGCUGAAAGUUUGGCUUUUCAUGGCCUCCCCUUGAAAAUCAAGAAAGAGCCCCACAGCCCAUGCUCAGAGCUGGGCUCGGCCUGCAGUCAAGAGCAGCCCUUUAAAUUCAGCUAUGGAGAAAAGUGCCUCUACAAUGUCAGUGCCUAUGAUCAGAAGCCGCAAGUGGGAAUGAGGCCCUCCAACCCCCCAACGCCGUCCAGCACUCCUGUGUCUCCCCUGCAUCAUGCUUCUCCGAAUGCAGCUCACACUCCUAAGCCCGAUCGGGCCUUCCCUGCUCAUCUCCCACCAUCCCAACCCAUCCAGGACAACACCUACCCAAUGGACCACAGAUUUCGACGCCAGCUUUCUGAGCCUUGUAAUUCCUUUCCACCUUUGCCUACGAUGCCAAGGGAAGGACGUCCAAUGUACCAACGCCAGAUGUCUGAGCCAAACAUCCCCUUCCCGCCCCAAGGUUUUAAGCAGGAGUACCAUGAUCCGGUUUAUGAACAUACCACCCUGGUGGGCAAUGCAGCCAACCCCAGCUUCCCCCCACCUCUGAUGAUUAAACAGGAACCUAGAGACUUUGCCUACGACUCAGAAGUGCCUAGCUGCCACUCCAUUUAUAUGCGGCAAGAGGGCUUCCUGGUGCACCCCAACAGAACAGAGGGUUGCAUGUUUGAAAAGGGCCCCAGGCAAUUUUACGAUGACACCUGUGUGGUCCCAGAGAAGUUUGAUGGAGAUAUCAAGCAAGAGCCGGGGAUGUACCGUGAGGGACCCACAUAUCAACGGCGGGGUUCGCUGCAGCUGUGGCAGUUCUUGGUGGCCCUCCUUGACGACCCCUCAAAUUCCCAUUUCAUUGCUUGGACUGGCCGUGGCAUGGAGUUUAAACUGAUUGAGCCUGAAGAGGUGGCCCGGCGCUGGGGCAUUCAGAAAAACAGACCGGCCAUGAACUACGACAAGCUGAGCCGCUCCCUCCGCUAUUACUACGAGAAGGGUAUCAUGCAGAAGGUGGCUGGAGAGAGAUAUGUCUACAAAUUUGUUUGUGAUCCCGAGGCACUUUUCUCCAUGGCCUUCCCAGAUAACCAGCGCCCACUGCUGAAGACAGACAUGGAGCGUCACAUCAAUGAAGAGGACACUGUGCCUCUCUCCCACUUUGAUGAGAGCAUGGCCUACAUGCAAGAAGGCGGCUGCUGUGAUCCCCACCCCUACAAUGAAGGCUAUGUAUACUAGCUACUGGGACAGCGUGGCUGGGAGAUGGGCCCCUCCCAGGCCUUUUCCUCUUUUGCCAAACAUGGAGAAGAAAAGAGGAAAACACUUCAUUUUGUUUUUUUUAAAGAAUAGUCACACACACACACACA